UCCAUAUCAUCCCGCUCGUCCAUUUCGUCGCGACGGCCAUGCCUUUUACUAUCCGCAUCUUCAGAGGAGCAGCCUUGAGUCAAAGUAGUACGCAGUCUUUAGUCAACGUGCCUCCAUGCGCUCAGACACAUCUUGAUGUCCGCCAUCGGAGCGUGGCGACGCCUAGUCUUUCUCUCAUUUCCCCUCCACGCCUGCCCACACCAUCUAUGCAACCUCUGUGACGAUCACGAUGCUGCAUCUCAAUCCGCUGAUCACUGCUUCCCUCCUCCUUCUCGCGCCACGAGCGACCGCAAAUCACUUCACAUGCAAUUGGGGCGGCCCCAGUCCUGAUCCAGGGAAAGCCGGCUUCACCAAGCUAUGCGAGGCUACUCAGCACCAGGUCAAUGAUCACCAGGCCACCUUCCAUUGCGACAACAAUCCGACGUCCCUGGUGGCCGAUUGGGGCUUUCUAGCUCCGGGACUGCUUGAAUUCGGCACUCCUUGUAAUGGAGGAGGCUACGGUAGCAGCCUUCAAUGCGAGACCGGUGGCGCAGCAUGGGGGAUCUGCAUCGAGGGAAAGAGUGGCCGCGAAUGCAAAUAUCUGAAUCGUUAUGAUGAUUGUGCAUGGCCAGGGACCUUCACACUUGAGACGCUGCCGUCCAAGGUCAUCAUUUACAACAGCUGAGGGAGGAAGGAAAGGGGGGCGGGGAGAGCGAGUGUGGAGUAGGUGUCGAGGAAGAUGGCGGGCGCGAAGAGCGAGGCCGACUGACGGGACUUGCUUGUGCGCAAAGCGCAGACGCCUACAUUACAAUGCGUUGAGUAAUGACAGCGAUAAUUAGCGUAGUGAUUGC